UCAAUUUUUUCGUAAUAAUAUUUUCUUAUAGCAAAAAUAUAACCAUUCUCAUAAAAAAAAUUGUGAAUGUGUUAUAUAUUCCUGUUAAUUCUUAUAUUAUUAAAUAUUCAAUUUUAUUCAUUCAAUAUUCCGUACAAGAUUCCUAUAGGAGCUAUUUUGGAUCAAGAGACCUACAGAAAUGAUGUGAACGCUUUGAAACAUGGUUUGACCAUACACAAUAUGAAAAAGAUCCCUUAUAAAUUUGUGGCUAAAAUACGCAUCAUAAACUCUCAUGAUCCCUAUAAUUUGACUGUAUCAAUAUGCCAAUUACUCAAAGAUGGAGUAUUCAGUGUGCAUAUAGGUCUCCUGAAAUCUCAAAACGCGCUCCAGAUAUUAAGAUCGUUUCAUUCUCAUCUUCACAUACCAUCAUUUGAAUCCAAACUUGAAAUUAGUGGGAGCGAAGACGAUAUUGUAGACAAAGAGGAAAAAACUACCAUCGACAAUACAAAUAAUUUUACCUUUUAUUUGCACCCAUUUUUGUUACCCGCGAUAGCAGACUUGAUUAGAUAUUACAGAUGGGAGCGCUUCAUAUAUUUUUAUGAUGAUGAUGAAGGAUUUGAUCGUUUUCAAAUUCUUACUGAACAUUACCUGCCAAGCAAAUAUUUGGAUCUAUUUCCCGAUCGAAUUUUGGCCUUUAACAAAUCAAAUUUUAUUCUCAAACGGUUAUCGCCAAGCAAUCAACAACAGAUUAAGUUGAUUUUAAGAGAUAUUAUUAUGGAAAGUUCAACUAAACAGUUUAUAAUUUUGGAUUACCCGUACCAUUCGUUAAAGAUUAUUCUGCACAAAUUUAUGCAAAUGGGCAUGACCAAAGGAAGAUAUCAUUAUAUCCUGAUGAACAUGGACAUCGAAGUGUUAGAUUUGUCCGAAUUUAUAGGAGCGGGAGCAAACAUUUCUGGCUUUACGUAUUAUGUUGACAAUAAAAACGUAAAAAAAGACGAUAUCUCAACAAGUGCCGAAGUAUUUAAAAUAUUGGACAAAAGGAAACCCAAAAAUUAUACGAUGACCGGACAAGCUGCUGCAUUAAUCGAUGGGGUGUUCACAUUAUCGGGGGGUAUCAAACGAUUACUCCAUAAGAGUCCCAAUAUUUUUGGAGAUGUCUUUAAAAGAGGACAAAUUUUCAACAAUGGUUCAAGAGGGGUAGUAUGUUUGGAUGUCAAUGACUGGAGCAAUAGCCACAUUCAUAAUAUCAUAAAUCCUUGGUUGUACGGCUCAAUGAUAUCCGAGGAAAUCAAGAAACUAAAUAUUCAUGGUAUCUCAGGAAAUAUAUCUUUGGAUCAAAACGGAAGAAGAAAUAAAUAUCAACUGAGUCUUAUCGAAAUGACAAUCAACAGAGGUCUAACAAAAGUUGGAACUUGGAAUGCCAUAGAUGGAAUAAAAUUUCAAUAUCCUAAAUUUAAUCGAUACACUGGUAACGUCACAUAUAACAAUCGCACUAGGAUUAUCACCUCUAUAUUUGAAGAUCCAUAUUUUAUGACAAAAGUUCCCAGGAAAGGAGAAAUAUUGAGAGGUAACGAUAAAUACGAAGGUUUCUGUUUGGAAUUAGCAGAUAUGAUCGCAAAAAUGGUGGGCUUUGAUUAUAUUAUAAGACCGGUCAAAGACGGAAAAUAUGGGGCCAUCGAUGAAAACAAUCAAUGGAACGGAGUUGUCGGAGAAUUAAUUAGACAAGAAGCCGACUUAGCAGUGGCACCCUUGACAAUUACCUCCGCCAGAGAGAGGGUCAUAGAUUUUUCAAAACCCUUUAUGGAUUUGGGCAUUAGUAUAAUGGUAAAAAAGCCAACUCAACAUGUGACAGGAAUAUUUUCGUUUUUGAAUCCUUUAUCCAACUCGAUAUGGACUUGUAUAAUACUUGGUUAUGUUAGUGUAAGCGUAGUCAUGUAUUUGGUAAGUCGAUUUAAUCCCGACGAAUGGAAAUUGCAAGACAAUGUGUUUACAAACGAUUUUACAUUAUCCAACUGUUUUUGGUUCGUGCUAGGUGCUUUCAUGCAACAAGGUUGUGAUAUCAAUCCAAGAUCAUUAUCAGGAAGAUCCACGGCCAGCGUGUGGUGGUUUUUUACCUUAAUUAUGAUAUCGAGUUACACCGCGAACCUAGCUGCGUUUUUAACAGUAGAAAGGAUGAACUCACCCAUCAAUAACGUCGAUGAUUUAUCUAAACAAACAGAAAUAAAAUAUGGAACUUUGGAUGCGGGAUCGACUAAAGCUUUUUUCCAUACUUCUAAAGUUUCGGUAUAUGAAAAAAUGUGGCAAUUCAUGAGUACCCAAAAACCUUCCGUAUUUGUUAAAAUUACUCAAGAAGGGAUAGAUAAAGUGAGAAAGUCCAAAGGUAAAUAUGCCUAUCUAUUGGAAUCAACUACGAACGAUUACACAAACAACAGAAAACCAUGUGACACUAUAAAAGUCGGAGAUAACUUAGACUCCAAAGGUUAUGGAGUUGCUACACCUUUGGAUUCCGAUUUGAGGGAGGCGAUAACAUUUGCAGUCCUGAAACUUAGGGAGGAUGGUGACCUUCAAAAAUUAAAAAAUAAAUGGUGGUAUGACAAAGGAGAGUGCGGACCUAACACAGGAACAUCAGAUAUAGCUAAAAAUGAAUUGACUCUAAGUAAUGUGGCAGGAAUUUUUUACAUAUUAAUAGGAGGAUUAUGCAUAUCUUUGAUAAUGGCAAUUUUGGAAUUUGUGUUCCGUUCCAGGUCCCUUAUAAAACAAAACGAGGCUAAAAGACCGAUGAUGAAAGAUCUGGUGGGAAAAAUGGAUCCCUCAUUUACUUCUACAGAAGCGAGCAGUACAAAAAGUAAUAAAAAAAAUUGGUUCAAGAUCCAAGUUUAAAUUGGUCAUCCGUUAAUAGAAAUCUAUGAUGCAAAAUUCAAUUCUUUAGUUUUUAUUAUUAUUAAUAUAUUAUUUGCAAGUCACUUUUUAUAUCUAAAAGAUUUGACUUUUACUCCUUGUUUUAACUCUUGAGUAAGGAUAAAUAUAUCUAACGAGAGUGGUUGAAUGAAUCAUAGCUCGCUCUCAUUUUAAAAAUAUUAUAUCUCGCUCAAAUUUUUAUACUGCGCUUUGAUAUUAUAGACAUUUUUACUAAUGUUAACCUUAAAUUAAUCAUAAGUAUAAAAAUUUUGAAGAUUUAAUAUUAAAUAAAAAAAAAUUAUGAGAAUUUUUGU